AUGGCGCGCGUUUAUGCUGAUGUCAAUGAGCAUAUGCCCCGGUCCUACUGGGACUAUGAUAGUGUGAACAUCUCCUGGGGUGUUUUGGAGAAUUACGAGGUGGUCCGCAAGAUCGGACGCGGCAAGUACUCUGAGGUGUUUGAAGGUAUCAAUGUUGUCAACUACCAGAAGUGUGUCAUCAAAGUCCUCAAGCCAGUCAAGAAGAAGAAGAUCAAGCGUGAAAUCAAGAUCCUUCAGAAUCUGGCAGGUGGGCCCAAUGUGGUAGCUCUGUUAGACGUCGUCCGAGACAGCCAAAGCAAGACACCGAGUCUGGUCUUUGAGAAUGUCAAUAAUACCGACUUCCGGACUCUUUACCCACGAUUCUCCGACUACGAUGUCCGCUUCUACGUUUACGAACUCUUGAAGGCUCUGGAUUUCUGCCACAGCAAGGGUAUCAUGCACCGUGAUGUGAAGCCUCACAAUGUCAUGAUCGAUCAUGAAAAGCGCAAGCUUCGCCUCAUCGAUUGGGGUCUGGCUGAAUUUUAUCACAAGGGCACGGAGUAUAACGUCCGUGUUGCUUCCAGAUACUUCAAGGGUCCUGAGCUACUUGUUGAUUUCCAGGAAUAUGACUACUCUCUGGAUAUGUGGUCGCUGGGCGCGAUGUUUGCAUCCAUGAUUUUCCGCAAGGAGCCCUUCUUUCACGGAAACAGCAAUUCUGAUCAGCUGGUGAAGAUCGCCAAGGUUCUUGGAACCGAAGAGCUCUUUGAAUAUCUGGACAAGUAUGAGAUUGAAUUGGAUCCCCAGUAUGAUGAUCUCCUCUCGCGCUUCCCUCGGAAGCCUUGGCACACCUUUGUCAACGCCGAGAACCAGCGCUUCGUCAGCGACGAAGCGAUUGACUUUUUGGACAAGCUGCUUCGAUACGAUCAUGCGGAACGCCUCACUGCUCAAGAAGCGAUGGCCCAUCCGUAUUUUGCUCCCGUUCGGGCUGCUGAGUCCCAGGCUGCACGGAACAACAAUACAGCAUAG